AUGCCCUACAAAAUAUACUCCAGCCAUUUCUACGCAUAUAUCAACUUGCUUACCGUUGUGAAAGUGGCAAUUGUGAUUUACUUAGAAGAAGAGAUCAUAGAGCAACGUUUCGUUGGGCUGGUGUGCGAUAGGAUUGGGCGCAAAGCUGGACUCGUGUUCACCAUAUCUCUUAUCAUAAACGGCGCUACAUUAUGUACGGCCGCGCAUGGCGCGGACGGGAGUCCUGAUGGCCUGUCCUGGUUCAUGACCAUCGCACGGGGAGUUGUAGGGGUGGGGACUUGCUUUGGGAUUUCCGCAGCUGGCGUUGCGGCUUUCAAGCUCGUUCAGACCAAUUUUGGCAAAAGGUGGACGUUCAUCGUUGCCGCGAUAUUCGGCGCACUCGGCAUGAUCGCAACCUACUUUUUCGUGCCGGAUAUGACAGGCGUAGAUCUAGGGGAGGAAGAUGCCAAGAUCAUGCAGUAUCCUUAUGAGAAUGGGUGGACCUGGUCAUGCGCAGCAGGUCUGGGGUCAUGUGUUGGAGACGAGCACACACAGCACCGAGAAGACUUUCAAAUCAGGAAGUUCCCACAGUUCAUUUGA